AUGUCGGCUCAGGAGGAUCGUGUGCUGCUGGAAAAGCCGUUGGACCAGUCUGUGCCAAUGUCAGAAUCAUCGGAUUCAUCCACGUGCGGGUGUCGGGGCCGACGCGCAGGAUUCCAUCUGAAAACACUUUACCUAUUUACUAGAAGCGACAUCAAAACCGUCCUAGUACCUCAAAUUAUUUUCCUCGUGGCCGCAGUCCUCGGCCAUGAAAUACUCACGACGAUUCAAAGGCCUACUGCCUUCGAGGCGUUACGGAGACUGCCCCUCUCGGUGUUCUGGAUAUGGGUGAACCUCAUCGUCUGCGGCAUCUCGAACCAGCGUCUCCCGGAAUCCGUACUUGAAGACGAGCUCAACAAACCCUGGCGACCUAUCGCGGCGAAAAGACUGACGCCGGAUCAAGCACAGAAGUUGCUGCUCGCAAUCAUUCCCUUAGUGAUGGGUAUGAGUCUGUUCAUCGGUGGCUUCACGCCCUCGGUGACAAUGAUGGCUCUACUUUGGACGUACAACGAUCUUGACGGCAGCAGUAUCAACAUCUGGUCGCGCAACUUGAUCAACACUGGAGGAAUCAUGUGCUUCAGCGCGGGGUCGUUGGAGGUUAUUUCGGGCGGCCAGCUCCUACCCAAGGCUUGGAUUUGGAUUGGAUUGACAGGGGCCGCCAUCGCAACCACUGUACAGGCGCUCGACUUUCCUGACAUGGAAGGCGACAGGGCCAGAAACCGACAGACUAUCCCACUGGUCUACGGCGAGAAGGCGUCCCGCGCAGGACUGGCUGUUGCAGUACUGAUGUGGUCGGUGGUGUCACCGUACUUUUGGAAUCUCAGUAUAGUUGGAUGGGCGGUGCCAAUGGGGAUUGGAUCCAUCAUGGCUAUUCUGACGGUCGCGAGACGAGACGAGAAGUGCGACAAGAUCGUGGCGAAGUUGUGGUGUCUGUGGAUGUCUACGUUGUAUGUUCUACCUCUUUUUGUUGCAUGA